AUGGCUUCUCUCAAAAUUGGCAUGUCUGUUUUGGUGCUUCUUCAAGCCAUUUUGUUGCUAUCUUCGCCGGUGCUCUGUGACGAGGAAGAUGAUCUUCUUCAGGGUAUCAACAGCUACAGGCACUCUUUAACCCUGCCAGCCCUAGUGAAGCACAAAAAUGCAGGAUGCCUCGCUGAUAAAAUUGCUGACAAGCUAGAGGACCAACCCUGUACUGCCGCAAGAGCAGCAAGCGCUGUCCAAAUAGAAAGCUAUCCUGACCUAGUAUCAAAGUGUGGCAUUGAUGUUAAUCACACUACUGAAGGCGUUGUACUGCCUGUUUGCGUGCCCCAUUUGGUCCCAACUUUAUUGCUAACAAAUUAUACACGAACCACAUAUGCAAAAUACAUCAAUGAUUCAAGGUUUAGUGGAGCAGGACUAGGUCAUGAAGAUGAUUGGAUGGUGAUGGUCUUGACCACAAGCACCCCACGGGGGGACUUUGCUGGGGCAAUUAGUUUGGUUUCCAAGGUUGGUUUUGGCCAUUGUUUGGGGACUUUGUUGUUAGGAGUUCUUGUUUAUCUAAUUGGGGUUAAUUUGGUGGAGAGAAGGACAAGAAAUAUGGAGGAGAAGAAAAGGAAAAUGAAGAAAAAGGAGAAAACAAGAAGAACAAGUGGACACUUUGGGCUUAAAAUUUCUCUCCUUUCGAUUGCUGAAAGAAAUCAGGCAAUGCAUAAAGCCAAACCAAAUGCUUUGGUCAAGCAUGGUUUUGCAUCUGCAGGUCUAUUGUGUAACGAAGACAUAAAGGAGAAUCUGGUAGCAGCCUUCACAUUCAAGGAAAAGUAUGCACUGUUUCUUAUGCUAUAUGCAGAUGAAGAACACAAACUUUUCAAGAACAUCAAUGUUUACAGGACAUUAUUCUUAGACAUCCCGGCCCUUACCAAGAAUAAGAAGGCAAGAUGCGUUGCUAAGAAAAUUUCUGUCACGCUAAAGAAACCAUGUAACGAGACCACUCGUGUUGACAAGGUUAAACUAGACAGCUACCCUCAUCAAUUAACAGACUGCAUUGGCAUUAACCAUACCGCAGACGGCGUCGUAUUGCCAGUUUGCGCACCUGCAGAUGAAGAACACGAACUUUUCCAGAACAUCAAUGCUUACAGGACAUUAUUCUUGGACAUCCCGGUCCUUACCAAGAAUAAGAAGGCAAGAUGCCUUGCUAAUAAAAUUGUGAACUCGCUAGAGAAACCUUGUAAUGAAACCACUCCUGUUGACAAGGUUAAGCUAGACAGAUACCCUCAUCAAUUAAAAAGCUGCAUUGGCAUUAACCAUACCACAGAUGGUGUCGUAUUGCCAGUUUGCGCACCUGCGGAUGGUGUGGCUGCCGUUCCACUGCUUCAUAAUUAUACUCGCACCCGGUAUGCAAAUUACUUGAAGGACUCGAAUUUUACUGGAGUUGGAAUUAGUUAUAAUGAUUAUUGGAUGGUGGUUGUUCUGAAGAAAAAUACCUCAAGACAGAGUAGUUCUGCAAGCGCGAAUGGUUUGGUUUCAAAGGUUGGUUUUGGUCAUGAUGAAGAAGACAACCUUCUUGAAAACAUCAAUGCUCACAGGAAAUCAUAUUUAGGCAUCCCAGCCCUCACCGAGAAUAAGAAGGCAACAUGCCUUGCUAAUCAAAUUGUUGACACACUACUGGAUCUUUGUAAUGCUGAUGAAGAUCCAGCUGCCAUGGCUGAACUAAACGACUACCCUGAACAAUUGCAAAACUGCUUAAAAGUUAACCACGCAGAAGAUGGAGUCGUACUACUGAUUUGCGAACCCAAGAAUGGUGAGGAGGCAUUUCUAUAUUUUCAUAAUUAUACUCGCAUGAGCAAGGUUGGCAUAGUAAUUGAGGAGGAAGGAGGAGUUUUGGUUUUGGCAAAAUGGGAUAGUGGAGAGGAGAGGAGAAGAGCGAGGAAUAGACGACGGGGGUUGGUUUGGAGGAAGCGUGGAGAGUGUGGGGUGAUGGGUUUUUGGGUUUUGGUGAGUGUUGGUGGUGGUGAAGAGUGGAGGAGGGGCUCGUCGAAGGAGUAA